AGAGAAAGAGAAAGAAAAGAUGGAUCAAGUAACAGCAUCAGCACAUGGCCAUUCACUUCCCCCUCCUUUCCAUACUAGAAAUCUCCAUCUACACCAUCCCCAUCCUCACCUUCAGCAACAACAACAACAACAGCACCAAUACCACCACCAACAACAACAACAACAAAAUUCCGAAGACGAAAACAGCGGCAGCAGCGGCUUAAACAAAGGUAAGAAACGCGAUCGCGCUGACAGUAAUGGCAACAACAACGAUGACAACAACAAUGAAGGAAGAGAAAUGGUCCUUAGUACUGGAGUAGGAGGUGGAGAAGGAGAGAUGACUAGAAGACCUCGAGGUAGACCUGCAGGUUCCAAGAACAAACCUAAACCCCCAAUCAUCAUAACUCGUGACAGUGCAAAUGCUCUCAGAAGCCAUGUGAUUGAGAUUGCCAACGGUUGCGAUAUCGGCGAAAGCGUCGCCACAUUCGCCCGCCGCCGUCAGCGAGGUGUCUGUAUUCUAAGUGGUAGUGGUACUGUUACUAAUGUCACUCUCCGGCAACCGGCUGCACCAGGUGCAGUUGUAACAUUACAUGGUCGAUUUGAAAUCUUAUCUCUUUCUGGUUCUUUUCUGCCACCACCAGCACCACCAGCAGCAACUGGAUUGACUAUAUAUCUAGCAGGUGGACAGGGUCAGGUAGUCGGCGGUGGCGUUGUCGGCGCACUUUUGGCAUCGGGACCGGUUGUAAUUAUGGCGGCGUCAUUCGGUAAUGCCGCGUAUGAACGGCUGCCGCUCGAAGAUGAGGAGACACCGAUUCCAAUGCCGGACGGCCUUGAAUCGGGAAUGAUAGAUCAACAACAACAGCAGCAGCAGCAACAGCAAUUAAUGCCAGACCCAAACACACCUCUUUUUCAUGGUUUACCACCCAACCUUCUCAAUCCAAGUCAAUUACCAGCUGAGGCUUAUUGGGCAACUGGUCGUCCUCCUUAUUAACAACACAAAAAGAAAGCCUUUUGAGAAAUUUAGGGAUGAUGGAGGAGAAUUUGGGUUGUUUGAGACCAAGGGAUUUUCUUUUAGUUCUUCUUCUUCUUUCUUCUUUUAUGUUAGAUCUUUGUUUCGAAUGAUUCAUAUCAUAUGGGCUGUGGAUUGAAGAAGCUUGUACAAAUCAAGGAAUUCUUCUUGAGUUUUGGUUUUA